AUGGUCCUCUACGAGCUCAUGGUCAUGGUCAAGUCGGCGACGCCGAGGGCGCAGCUCGCCGACAUCCUGCGGCGGGCGGGCACCCGCGUGCUCGACGCGGGCGGCGUCAUCACCGACAUCACCUCGUUCGGCACGCGGCCUCUCGCGUACGAGUUCAAGUCGCCGGGGGAGAGACACUUCGAGGCCCACAUGGUGCAGAUAUCCUUCAACUCCGCUCCCACGCUGAUUGAAGACAUGAAACACGACAUGCGCACCGACGAGCGCGUCCUGCGGUGGAUCGCGGUCAAGAAAAAGGCGCUCCGGCCGCUGAGCGACUACAAGGCGAGGGAUCCCAGGAACCUGAACCUGCCAGCCGCGACGACGACGAAAGAGUCCGCCGCUCCCAAACCCCCGACGCAGCCGGUUUCGAAGUACCCGCUCUUCUCCGAGGAGAGGAAGGAGCGCAGGAACGCGAGACGCAAAGCCGCGGCGAGGGGCGACUGAGCACCAGGCGUCGGCGCGACGAAUGAGAAGCAGGCGCGUCCGGGGAUGGCCCAUCCGUCGGAGUUGGCGCGAGUGAGGACACUGGGUGAAAAACGACCCUUCGAGCCUCCGCAGUAGGUUCCAUAGCACGUAGCCGCGGCCUAGCCACGCCGCAGUAGACGACCUAGUUAGUUUCGAAUUGUUGUAUUGCACGUAAGUGAGCGCAA